CAGGCACCCCUCAUUUUACCAGGAGUCACUAAGGUUCUGGGGAGGGGCAUUAGGUUCCACCUCUUGCAAGGAGUACCAGAGAACUUGUGGAUGGAUCUUUAAAAAACCACCAUACCUACUAACAGCUUGGGAGAAUGAUUCGGUUCAGUCGACCUUUGUAGAUGUGUACUGACCAUUCUACCUGCUAGAGGCUGUCCUCGAGAUCCCACUGGGUUGCCUAAAGUUUACCCAGGUGCCGAUCGGCUGCUGCCAUGUCAGUGGUGACAAGGGAUACAACAGCGUCAAGGGAGUGCUGUAACCACUAUGGAUUGGUUGGAGCCGGACGUAGAAGUGCAGUGCUUUCUCUGCAAAAUCAGCAGGAACAAUGAAUUCUACUUUCUCAGGAUCCUGCUCCUUCCAUGAGGAAGACAGUAUGACUAAAUUCCAGGAAGCUGUGACCUUCAAGGACGUGGCGGUGGUCUUCACGGAGGAAGAGCUAGCUCUACUGGACAAGGCCCAGAUAAACCUGUACCAGGAUGUGAUGCUGGAGAACUUCAGGAACCUUGUCUCAGUGGGAGACAGGAUUAAAAACAACAUUUCACAUCUUCAGGGAAAAGGGUUGAGUUAUCUCUCUCAAGAAGUGCUCUACUGCUGGCAGAUUUGGAAACAAAGGAUCAGUGAAUUAACUGUGAGUCAGGAGUAUGUCAUGAAUCUUCAAGGAAAUUAUCCCCAGUAUUUAGAAGGAGAUGUUUCUCUCUGUGAAGAGUGGGCAGGAGUGUCUCUUCAGAUUUCUGAAAAUGAAAACUAUGUAAUAAAUGCCAUUAAUUUAGAAAAUCAAGAUGGCACAGAAGGGAAAGGCCUGACACGAGUCUUUACCCCAGAAUCUUGGAAGGGAGCCAACAUGAUGACUGAGCCCCAGAAUUCUCAAGGACAAUAUGAGAGAAUUCAUGUGGAAGAGAAACUGUAUGGAUGUGCUCAGUGUGAUGACAGCAUCAGUCAGACAUCAUGUGAUCAUGGUGAUUCCCAAGAAUGUAAAGAAGAGGAACCUUGUAGAUACACUGACUGUGGGAAACACUUGGCUAUGAAAUCAACAGCCAAACAACAUAACGUGGUCCCUGUGGUACCACAACCUGUCAAAUGUAAUAACUAUGGUGUGGGCUUCAUAGAUGGUGCAGACCCUCCUGUUCAUCACAGUGCUCACAUAGAAAAGUCUUAUAGAUGUGACCAGUGUGGAAAGGACUUUAGUCAGAGCUCAGAUCUUAUUGUUCACUAUAAAGCUCAUUCAGAUGACAAAGCUUAUGAAUAUCAAGAGUGGGCAGAGGGCUGCAAGCAGAGCCCAGACCUUCCCAGAUAUCAAAAGGUCCCCUUGGGAGACAAACCCUAUAAAUGUCUCGAAUGUGGCAAGGUCUUCAGGCGCAACUCCUCUCUUCACAACCAUCACCGGGUCCACACAGGGGAGAUGCCCUAUAGAUGUGAUGUGUGUGGGAAAGGGUUCGGAUUUAGGUCACUUCUUUGUAUUCAUCAGGGAGUCCACACAGGGAAAAAGCCCUAUAAAUGUGAGGAGUGUGGGAAGGGCUUUGAUCAGAGCUCCAAUCUUCUUGUCCACCAGAGAGUCCACACUGGAGAGAAGCCCUACAAAUGCAGUGAGUGUGGCAAAUGCUUCAGUUCAAGCUCUGUUCUUCAAGUCCACCGGAGGCUGCACACAGGGGAGAAGCCUUACAGGUGCGGUGAGUGUGGAAAGGGCUUCAGCCAAAGCACACACCUCCACAUUCACCAGAGAGUCCACACAGGGGAGAAGCCCUAUAAAUGCAACGUGUGUGGAAAGGCUUUUGCAUACAGUUCAGUUCUUCACACUCAUCAGAGGGUUCACACGGGAGAAAAGCCUUACAAAUGUGAAGUGUGCGGUAAAGGCUUCAGUUAUAGUUCAUAUUUUCACUUACAUCAAAGAGACCACACCAGAGAGAAACCAUAUAAAUGUGAUGAGUGUGGUAAGGGCUUCAGUCGGAAUUCAGAUCUUCAUGUGCACCUCAGAGUCCACACAGGAGAGAAGCCCUAUAAGUGUAAAGAAUGUGAGAAGGGCUUCAGUCGUAACUCAUAUCUUCUCGCUCACCAGAGAACACAUGCAGACGAGGUGCAAUAUAGUAGUGAGCCUGGCAAUGGCUUUAGUUAUAGCUCAGACCUUCUUACUCAUCAAAGACUACAGAAGAGGACAGAAACGUACUCAAUGUAAUUCUGAAAGGGCCCAAUCAGGAAAGCAAGCAAGUCUAUGUAUUCCAGGUGAUAGAGGCUUACUCAGUCAUUGGGAGGGCUGGGGCAGCAAAGGACAAGGACGCUGCCACCCAUCAUGUCAUCCUGCAGCUCUGAAGCAAGGGUUCUUAAGAGCAUUCCAGGGACCUACUGUGGAUCUCAAGAACUUCUUCAAAACUCCCAUCAACUGUCAUAUGCUGCAGUGGCAAAGUAGUGACAAUUGACAGAUGGACGGUUUGUGGCAAUGACAAUAAUUGGAGAUCAAAUUUCCGUGAAUGGAUAUGCCCAGGAAGGAAAUUAUAAUUGAGAUGGGUACAAGUGAGGACUUUAGGCCAGCCAAAAUCUGUAGAUUUUUUAAAGAGAGUACCCACUAGAAAGAUAUUCAAAAGAGUGCUCAGAAAUGAAACCCAUGUUACUAGUGUGGUAAGAAUGUUAGUCCAUUCUCAGGUUUUCAAAUCCAUUAGAUUUUCUACACAGGGAGAAGCUCUAUAAAAGUGAUAUUUUACGGGCAUGGCUGUGUGUUUAUCUCGGUGGUUCUAUUUCUCGGAUCCCAUAGAGACUCACAUUUCCCAGAAACCCUUGCAGUUAAGAGCUGGUCCAUGUGAUAGAGUGCCAAGCAACAGAGUAUGAGCAAAAGUAAUAUAAGCUACUUCCAGGCCUGGCCCUUAGAAACAUCUUGUGAUGUCCUCUGGCCAUCUUUCCUGUCAUGGUGACCUUGGAGGCUGGAUUGAUAAAAGGUGGCUAUCUGACCUGUGCUGGACUUUGUUUUUCUUGAGUAAGAAAUAAACAUUUAUUGUGUUAUA